GUCUUCCCAACCACCAUCUCCCCUCGCCAACAUCCGUCAGUCUCAAGAUCCGACUGCUCACAUCCGCCCCCAGUCUAUCUCUGGCCCCCCGCCUUUUCAACUAAAUCGUAUUCACCAUGUCUGCAGCGUCGAAGAACACCAAGACUGCUAAGAAGCCCGCCGCUGCGAAGAAGACCGCUAAGGCCGCCCCCGCUCACCCCCCUUGGAUCGAUAUGAUCAAAUUGUUUUGGCUCCCCCAUCUCGAUGGUUUUGGCGUCGUCGACGUCGUUAUCGAGGUGUGUCCAAAAGGGGUAGGGUCCAGGGCACGGGGACGCCGCGCGGGGUACAUGGGUGUAUGGCGCCCCGCUGCUUCCUCGCUGCAAACCCCGUUCUCAGAAUGUAUCGCCGCGCAUCCGGAGGAUGCUCGGGCGGGCGUCUCUCGGCCGCAGAUCAAGAGCUUUGUCGAGGAGCAGUACAAGCUAGAAAUUGGCAACGCUCAGAACACUCAGCUUAGUAAGGCAAUUGCCACUGGCGUGGAUAAGGGGGACUUCGUCUUGCCUAAAGGGCCCUCUGGAAGGGUUAAGCUUGCUCCUAAGACUAAGACCGACACCUCAGCUACCAAGGAGAACAAGCCUGCGAAGCCUGCCGCAAAGUCAGCUGCCAAAUCGAGCGCUAAACCCGCUGCCAAGUCCACCGCAAAGGCUGCUCCUGCGAAGAAGCCGGCUCCCAAAGCUGCCACUGCGAAGACAACCACUGCGAAGACGACUACUGCGAAGAAGCCCGCCACAACGACUAAGAGCACUACCACCACCAAGUCCGCGGCUACUAAGAGUGCCGCUGCGAAGUCUGCCACCACAAAGAGGACAGCGGCCAAGUCUGCACCGGCGAAGUCCGCACCUGCUACCAAAGCUAAGGCUGCUCCUGCUCCUAAGAAGGCUGAGCCCAAGAAGAAAUUGGCUGGCAGGAAGCCACCGGUUGAGAAGAAGACUACUGCACCAUCCAGGCGGGGAGCUGCCAAGAAGGCGACUACGGGUACCACUGUAACUAAGUCUAAGGCACCGGCCAAGAGGAAGACGGCCAACUCUUCGGGCGGCACCGCUCGCCAGAGGGCUGCUAAGCGGGCAUGAGGGCCUGUGACUGUUCACUGUACUGCCUAUGCCCGACCAGCUCCUCUGCGCAUGACCUAUGCCAACCUAUUCACCCAUGCUGCUCAUCUGGUGUACCCCUCCUAUGCCCAUCUUUCACAUCUCCAAUGUACAACGUAGUAUCCUUAUCUUCUAUGUCGCUGUCUCGCAUUCGACGGAGAGGGGACGGGUGGACGACAGAUAGACUCUUUCUAUUCCUUUCUUCUCUUCCCUCUAAACUUAUUCCUUCUUGACCCAUAAUCUAUUGCUGCGAGGAUAGCAUACAUAAUGUGGUAUUACUGCAUGUAGCUCUCAGCGGUAAUUUAUACCUUAUAGUGCACAACUUGAUGCAAUAUGGACACAGAUGAGGAAGCGGUGCCUUGCAAGGGGAUGCUAAUCUCGG